AUGCCCGAAGGAGAGAGCAAACAAGAUAAGCAGGCCACUCAGGCGCAAGCACGUCAAGUCAUCGAUGUCUUCCACGAGAUCUCUACCUUACUGAACGCAGACCUUGAUCGCCAGACACUGUCAAUUUGCAUAUCGCUGAUUGAGAAUGGCGUCAACCCAGAAGCACUUUCGUCAGUUGUCAAGGAGUUGAAGCGGGAGGCCGAUGAGACUAUCAAGGUGCAUGAGUCGAGAAGUCAAUGA